UACGGAAAGCUUGAGAGAACCCAGAAAGGAGAUUGGGAAAAAGGUAGUAGUGACACAUUCGAUAAGUUUACAUAUGAAGAUGAACAAUUAGAUGAGAUUGAUGGAUAUUAUACUAUAGAAUCUUCCGAUGACAAAAUCAACCUCUAUAUCGAGGAAGUACCUACUCAGAAAAGGGAGAAAAACAAGCCUACCAUGAUGGAACAGUUAGAAAAAUUUGUCCAAGCUAACACCUUGAGUAAAGAAGAGAAAGAAGAAGCCUGCACCUACUUUAAAAAGAAGAGCUGUUUGCUCACAAUAGGUCUUAAUAAAUUAGGGAAAACUAGCCUCAUACCCCACUAUGUAGAUACUGAUAAAGCUAGACCUAUCAAGCAGCAUUUUUAUAGGACAUCCCUCAACAAGCAAGAAUUCUUGUAUAAUGAGCUAGAGUUGUUGGAAAGACAAAGGUUGAUCAAAAAAUCUGAAAAACAUCGGGCUGGUAAAAAGCAUAGUGAUGCAGAUACGCUUUUAUGGCAAUAUGACUCUCCAGAAGUCAGUAGUAAUAGAAUAGAAGUAGAUGUUAGUGCACAGAAAUGUAGCAGAUGGUUACUCUCUUUAGUGGAAUGUAACAUUAAGGAAGGCCUAUAUAAGAUGAAAUUAGGUGGAUACAUCAGAUGGAGUGUUGAAAAUGUAGAACUAAUUGCACAUCAUAAUGAUGAUGAAUGGGAUGAUAAGGAGGAUGGUAAGGACAAUGACCUAAAAUUGGAAGAAUAUAUAGAGUUAAGGGAAGAUGUAACAGAAAACAUAAUCACCAUUAAUGAAAAUAGACUAGGAAUCCAAGACAUGAAGUGUGACAAGUGUUGGCUUGAAGGGAAUACUUGUGAAAUACUGGAUCAGUUAGGAUAUACUGAGCCACUGGAUGAGGAAGCAGUUAAUGCUGAUAGAGAUAUACAGAUAAGGAGGAAUGGCGGACCUAUAAUCAAAACCUACUCAAGAUCAAUAAUGGGCCCUCGACAUUCAACUAGAACCCAAAAUUGA